CUCUCCGCUCUGCAGUUCGCCCUGGCCCACGAGGACUCCGUCUCCCGGGGCCCGAAGGCCCACCCUCCGGCGGCGGACGAGUCGUCCGAGACGGUGGGGUUCCUGGGCGGGGGGCACAGUCAGGUCUCCCCGCUGAGCCGCUGGAUGCUGCAGAGCAAGAGCCGGGCGGCCAACGCCACCUCCCUGGAGCUGCCCUACCGCACGCCCGUGCCCUUCGCCAAGCAGGAGUUCUCCAAGCAGGAGUUCUAAAUGCUGGGCAGCGACCUGCUCAAGCCCGACGCCUCGGGGUCCCGCGUCAAGCGGCGGCCCAUCGUCAAGACGGGCAAGUUCAAGAAGAUGUUCGGCUGGGGCGACUUCUACUCCAACAUCAAGACGGUGCGCCUCAACCUGCUCAUCACCGGCAAGAUCGUGGACCACGGCAACGGCACCUUCAGCGUGUACUUCCGCCACAACUCCACGGGCCAGGGCAACAUCUCGGUCAGCCUGGUGCCGCCCGUCAAGGCGGUGGAGUUCGACCUGGAGCGCCAGAGCGUCGUCUACCCCAAGGACUCCAAGAUCUUCAACUGCCGGGUGGACUACGAGAAGGUGGACCGCAGCAAGCGCACCUCGCUGUGCAACUACGGACCGUCCAAGACCUGCUUCCAGGAGCAGACCCAGAGCCACGUGUCCUGGAUCUGCUCCAAGCCCUUCAAGGUCAUCUGCAUCUACAUCUCCUUCUACAGCACGGACUACCGCCUGGUGCAGAAGGUGUGCCCGGACUACAACUACCACAACGAGAUGCCCUACCUGCCCUCCGGCUAGAGGCUGGAGGCUGGAGGCCCGGAGAGGAGGAGGAGGAGGAGGAGGAGGAGCAGGAGGAGAGCAGGAGGAGGAGGAGGUGGAGCAGGAGGAGGAGGAGGAGGAGGAGGAG